CCUAAUCUUUACUAGAGCAUAAGUCUCAUCACAGCUCGCAACACUAACCUCCGUACCAGGCAACCAAAACAAGAGCUACGGCGAUGAAUUCGCCGAUCUACAGCAGCAGCAGCAGCUGAUUCCCGAGUUAACUGGCUCUCUUUCCACUUCCUCCGGUAUCUAGCUCCUCGGAGAUCCAGUCGACUCCCGGAUCCCUGUCGGAGUUGAUUCGGCAGCUUCUGUCCGGCAACUGCGCCGGCAAUUCUUCCGCCUUCGUCAACCGUUUAUUCACUCUUCUUGCUUCCCGGUACCCGUUUCCUCCUCUUUCCUGAAACUUUUUCGAGCAAUUCUUUCCUGAAACUUGAGAUAUCGCCUUGUUGGGCCUUAUUGUUGUUUCUAGCGACUGGACCAUAUUUUGUUUUGGUUCUAACAGGGCAGAGUUUUGGGCCGCGUUGGCCUCUUUCCCCAAUUGCAGACCGUUGAGAGAGUGAGUGAGAGAGAGAGAGAGAGAGAGAGGGCUGAAAAGAUUUUGUUUUGCUGAAAAAGAUUGCCUUGCUGCGUUCGUACAAUGGUUCCUCUGUUUCCCUAUUGGAUGGAGCCUCUGCAAUUUUGUCAUUUCCAGUAAUAGCGUGGAGAGUGGUUCAUUUCUGAGCCAGGAAGAAAGGAGAAGAUUGAAUCUUUCCAUGUUUAGUCAACUCCCAGUCUCCCUUAUUAGUUAUUACACACACCCAACCCUCCAAAAUUUCAGAAAAAGGAAGUCACUGGCUUUAGUAGCUCUGUAGCUGGUAUCUUGAGAGCAACAAUGGCGUCCCCUGGAGAUUCAUCUCAUGUGUUUCCAAGAAGGAGGAGCUUCUUUAUUAGGAAAGGAGGAGAGCCCAAAACACCAACCACCAUCGACUCCAGGAAACCUACUGCAGGGGAUGAUACACCAACGAAACCUUUGUUCACCGGAAGUCCACAAUCAAGCUCUUCUGGGACAAACAAGAGAUCAGAACAGAAAAGAAUCAAAAGGGAAACGUCAACACCCAAACCAGCAACGCAAGAAAAUCAUAACGUGGGUAAUGGAGGUCGUGGUGAUCUGCAGCUAAGUGUAAAGGUAGAGGAAGCAUUCUUCCAGGCAGAUGAAGCAACUCCACCACCGAAGGAACAUCAGCCUCAUCAUGCACUGUCCAAACUGGUCGGACCUCCAGCUCCAGGUUCCCCGGCCAAAGCCAAGCAGCUAAGCUCACAAAUCCGCCAAGCCUACGCAUUAUCCAUCCCUAAUGUGAAGACUGCCCUCGUUGCUUUCCUAACAACAGCAUCUCCCAACGAUGUCGACGGUAUGAUACAACAGGCGAACAGCGCCUUCGCAUCUCUGGAAGUCCACGGUGCUGAUUACCGGUCUUUCUAUGAUGUAGUCAGGGCAUAUAUCUGCUACUGCUCUCAACUCUCUGCUACAGAGAAAGAGUUGCAAGACAAUGAGGACAACAUCGGGGUGCUGGCUCGACACAAGCAGCUCAGCAAAGAAAUUACCAAGGGAUCGAAGGCCGUUUAUAAGCUCGACGAUGAGUUGCAGCAUGAAGCAAGCUUCAUGGUGCAGCUGGAAUCACGAGUUGAAGAUGCUAGAGAGGCGCUCAAAGAGAUGGAGAUGGAGCUUGAAGAGAGGAAGAUGAGGGUGGCUGAGCUGGAAGGUGUGAAGAUUCAGAAGCUGAAGGUAUUGGAAAUGAAUAUAGAUGAAGUGGGCAAGAUUGCUGGGAAGGCAAAAUGCAUUGAAGAGAUUAUUAAGGACAUUGUUUCUAGGCUCGAGCUGGCCAAGAUCGCUGUCGAACAGUCUAGGGCUGAAUUGUUCGGAGGUUAGCUUAGGGAUUCAGGUUUAAGGCAUUUCUCUUAUUAACAAUAGUCGAAUACCCUUACUUGGGUGAUCAUCACUAAUCCUGUAGUUUGUUCUGAUCAUCAAGGAGAUUGUUUCUAGGCUCCAGCUGGGCAAGGCUGUUGUUGAACUGUCUAGAGAUUAGCUUAGUUAGCAGUAGAGGGAAUGAUGCAUUUCUCUUAUUAACAACAAUCGAACACCCUUAGUUGAUGAUGACUAAUCUUGUAGUUUGUUCUUAAUAUUACUGAUCAAUGAAUGCAGAAGCUCACCUGUUCUUCUGGUAAUGAGUUCUGUAUCGGUUUGAACUCUGAGAUUCACAACCUCGUCGUAUUAAUUUUAGCAGUGGAAGCUGGCCAAGAUGGAAAGUGACAAGUUUGGGAAAAUGGAGAUGUUAGGUAAGGGUAGAGAUGAAGGGGAAACGAUCGAUGUUAGCGAAAUAGCUGAGAGGCUCACGAGCUGUCCAGGAUUGCUGUUGAUCUGUCUACACUAAGUUGCUUUAGUGAUCUUCUUGAUCCUGCGAAAGCCUGCUCGAAGAAGAUACACUGACUACCUUAGAUUUCAAGCUUUAGUAGAGGGCCAUUUUCUCUUAUCAGCAACAGUCAAAGACCCUGCAAGCUUGGUUUACUUAUCCUGCAGUUUAAGGGUUCACAGUUCUUAGGUAAUGAAGAUUGAAGCCCUUU